UUUAGUCUUAUACCAAUUACCAUCGUUUUUUUCCACCUUAUCAUGGAGAACUCACCAACCGUUAUCAGGCCACCACCACCACCACCACCACCAAAACAACCGCCGCCCUUUGCAUCACCACCAUCUUCCCAGCCUGAUAACAACAAUAACAGUAUCAGGUCACCUCCGCCGUUACCUUCCUCUUCAUCACCUCAAAUAUACCCUAUAGACCAAAACGGUAUAGUGACAAUCAAUCAACCUACACCUUUCCUUGAUUCACCAAGAAGCGUUGAUUUUUCCCCCCUUGAAUUCAUUCUUGCCCUUGUUGCUGUUAUAACAAUCCCUGCUAUAGUCUAUGCUUUCUUUUUUGCUGUCAAGUGCCCUCCAUGGUCUUCCAGGGAACGUCAGGACAGCCCAAGGGAACUUUCCAGGGACAACAGUGGAAGUGGUGUUGAAGUAAUAGAGAGGAGCAGGGAGCCUGUUUCAGGUGUUAAGUACCAAAAAGAGACUCAUUCUAAAGAUAUUGGAAGUGAGUGUCCUGUUUGUUUAUCAGUUUUUGCUGAUGGUGAAGAAGUAAGGCAGUUGAGUGGAUGCAAGCACUCGUUUCAUGCUACUUGCAUUGAUUUGUGGCUUAACAAUCAUAACAAUUGUCCAAUUUGCCGGGCUUCUGUUACCGUAAAGAGGCCAAAUAAUAAUCGUAAGGGGCCGUCUGGUUCAGCUAGAGAUAGUGAUCUCCAACAAGGUUUGCCUGAUGCAGCCAGUUUGGUUUGAAUGUCUAGUUUAAUUUUCUUGAUUUUUUCCCCUUUCUUGCCUAAAUUUCCUUUUUCCCUUUUGCCCUUCUGAGGCUAUGUGGAAAGUGAGAAAUGGCAAAUGGAAGAUUUGGUAUUCAAUGCUUCACCAAGAAUUGGUAGUACUCUUGAAUCCUGAUAGCAUAGAGAUUAGCCUUCAUUUUUUUUUUUUCUUUUGGGUUAAUUUCCUCUGAGGAAUUCAUGGCAAUUAAGAGCUAGAGUUUGAUCAAAAGUUUUGUGUUAUGGAUCCUUCUUGUCAUAGCUUGAACUCUUCAGAAUUCAGAUAGAAACUUAAGUAAUUUGGAUCCUGAUUCGCAGGGUCAAGAUUGAGUUACAUUUACUAUUAUUUUCUGUGAAUCUGCUCGGAGAAGAACUUAACAGAGGUCAUAAAUGGAAGAAAUCCUUAUUUUUCCUUUUAGGGCGACCUUUUGUUCAUGAUUGUGAAUAGCUUCAGCAAUUGUUUGUCUCAUCCUUGGAUUAGUAUGCUUUUGGAUUAGUAACCUGGACAAUUAAUAUUCUUUUUGGUUCUUUGACACUCAUGCUUGGUCUAAUAUGCUUUGCCAAUUGACACAUUUACUCCAGAAUAGGGCCGAAAUUCAAAUCCUCCUUCCAUAACCAUCCCAAAAAACAGAAGUAUUGGUUGUCCAUGUUUGUGUAGCAACCGGCAGGAGCCUUCUGAUUUGUGUAUACCAAAAUUUCCUCUACUUGCUAAUGCAAAGUUUGAAUUUUUUCAGAUGAAACCAAUUGCUGAAAAACUUGUCCCUAGAAAGAAACCGCAAAAAGCAGUUAUUUAGCCUGAUACUAUGGAUCCGUCUUUAUCUCUGCUGGAAAAUACAAGAGGAACAAGAAGAACAAACAAAAAUUAGGACAGCUUGUAUAGCUUUUCAAGCACCCUGGAGAUUGGCAGAAACAUGAGUUCUUGCUCGAAGCAUUCAAUCGCUCAUGGCAUUUUCCUUGACGUUUCAUUUUUUUUUUUUAUGGCAAUAGCACCAUACCUCCAAAAUCCAAAUUCAAUGCCAUGAUCAUCACUUUGACUCCUACACAAUGACUUUGGAUUAUAGCAAAGCUGUCGAGCUAAAAUAACUUAUCUCUAGCACAUCUAUCAAUGAGGUCUUUA